AUUUCAAAAAGUUGGUCAAUUCAUUCACCGCUUCUAAAGCCACCACGUCCUAAAGUCAACAUGUCUACAGACAACAAGCCGGAAGCCGCCGUGCCUAAAAAAAAGUUUCCACCUGUGUAUAAACGCAAGCCGUGUAGAGGCAAUAACUAUGUUAUGGACUUGCCUCAACACCACAGUAAUAUCAUCAAAAUGACUGAAGCCAAGUUACCCACUGUGCAUCCAGAGUCUAUGUACAACCAUUUACCAAAGCCAGUGGUUGAUAUUACAGAAAAACCGCAGAGGUAUGUCUCCAAGUUUCGACAAACAGUUAUUGAGGAGAGCAAAGCAAACAAGAUGGCAAUGCGAACGAUGGGACCAGCAAAAGUGGAGGUGGGACAUGUCAAAUUCCUCAGGAAGCCAACAAAUAAUCCCCAAACACUUGAGAAGGUUCCUCCGGUCUACUUGGUGAAGAAACCAGCCGUUCCCCUGCAAGCAGAGCGCACGCCGAUAGAAACGAGACCAAAGAGGGACUUCUUAAAAACGAUGGACAGUCUGAAAACGGUGAAGCCUGAGCCAGCCUUUGUGGACAUCAAGGGGCACAGGGAGAUACUUAGAACAUCUGGGUUUGUCCCCGUCUACACCGAGAAAAAGGAUUAUGGACAAAUUCCUGAGUACUUACUCAAGCGCUACGAGGAAAACCUGCUGAGGGCUGAGGAGGAGUAUUCCAAGUUGAAAGAAAUGAUCGAUAAGGAGGCCAAGAAAAAGAUGUCAGACGCAGAGAGACAAUCCAUCCUGCAGGGCCUGAGGAAGAACUGGAAUCAGGCGAACACUGAUUACCAGUUGUUACCGCUCGUCAUGGUCACUCAUUCAAUGCUUGCCAGGAAAGAGCGACUGGAGGAAGAGAUGACCCAUAUGGAGUCGGCCAUUGCCAUCUUUGAGGAUCAAUCCAAUCCAAUCUUCCUCCCACGUGAUGAUGAAUGA